UUACUAAUCCUACCAUAAGUCAAACGACGCUCCGUCUCUUGAGCCUGGCUUCUACUCGCCUAACUGGGAUUUCUCCUUCGACCAGCGAUGAAUCCAGAUGCGCAGAUUGUUGAAGACGAUGUCACGAAUUGGGACGGGAAGAUUUCCUUGUUUUACCCCGUCAUCACCUGGGGCUGCGAACGGCAGCAAUUGAGAGCCAUUUACGAGUUCGCCCGCCUCUCCAAGCUCGCGCCUGACUCCGCCCUCUACUCGGUCGUUCCGGCCCUCGUCGUUCACCUCGGAAGCUCUCAUCCAUCAAUACGCGAAGCCACCGCGUUUGCCCUCUGCCGUCUCGCUCGCCGCGCUGGCGCCCCCUUUUGCCCCAUAAUCGGACAACAUGGCGCAAUCUCUAUCAUUCUAGGGCUCCUUCCGGAGUCGAGUGAUCGGUUUCAGAGAUCGUUGCUUCGCCUCCUCAGCGCCCUCGUAGCCUUCCACGGUCCUAAUCGCAUAACCCUAGCACAAAAUAAUGGAUUGGAUAUCGUUCUGGAAUUGAUCACUUCUUGCUCCGAUGAUACUAGAAAGCCCUUGCUGGAGAUUCUUAGCGCGAUGGCUAUGCUAAGAGAAGUAAGGAGGCUUGUCAUCAACGCUGGUGCUCUGAGCUUUUUGAUUGAGGCGAUAUCACUUGGUAGGAUGAUUUCGAGGAUCCAGGCUGCGCAUGCUAUUGGGCUUCUCGGAGUUUCGAAGAGGGUGCGAUGCAUGCUUGCAGAUUCGGGGGCUGCUUUGGCUCUGUUGCAAUUGAUUCGAGAAGGAAACCAGCCGGCAAAGAUAACUGCUGGUAAUGCGCUUGGUAUAAUUUCUUCCCAUGUAGAUUGUAUCCGACCUGUGGCUGAAGCUGGUGCGAUUCCGUUGUAUAUCGAGCUUCUUGAGGGGCCUGAGCCUCUUGGCAGAGAAAUAGCGGAAGACGUGUUUUGUAUAUUAGCUGUGGCUGAGGAAAAUGCGGUUUUGAUUGCUGAACAACUGGUGAAGGUUCUUCGUGGCAGUGAUGAAGAGGCUAAGUCAGCAGCUGUAGAUGUGUUUUGGGAUAUUGCCGGAUACAAGCACUCUUUCCCUGUGGUGAGGGAUUCAGGAGCAAUUCCUCUUCUAAUUGAGAUUUUGAUGAACGGGAAUGUUGAUAUUAGGUUGAAGGUUAUGGGGACUAUUGCUCAGUUAAGUUAUGAAGAAGCAAAUCGAAGAGCCUUGGCUGAGGCAGGUGGAAUUCCUCUUCUUAUUGAUUUGUUCAAUGGUGCUUCGGAAGAGCUUAGGGAUUAUGCAACCGAAGCUUUGAUGAAUUUUGGCGAAGACCCAACGUUCAGAGACCUGGUAAAUGAGGCUAAUGAUAUGAAUUUCCCAGCAUUUGUUGAUGCAUCUGGUAGGAGGAACCAUAUUUCCACUUCUAAUGAAGACAUGCCGAGUUCAAUGAGACGGCUGAGUAUUGAGCAACUCACCUCAGAUCCAGAUUUUUCUUGAAGCCACAACUGGUACAGAUCUGAGCACUUGUGCAGGUUUUUUCAAUUUGUUUCAAAUGAAUAGGAAUUCUAAAAAGUGGGCAGUCUAACUAGUUUCUGUAUUUCAUACAUUUUUUUAGGAAUUUUAAUCAUUCAAGUUAGAAUUUUAA